UAAUGCCUGUCAUAUGACUCUGACACAAAUGGAGUUAGUUUCAAGGAACUAGGGCUGCACUUGGAUUUGAAAGAAAGUGAGACUUUCUGUACCAAAUAAUUUGGUACAAAAUGCCUCCAACUCUUUUCCAGAAACUUUUUAAUAAGAGAAAUUCAUUUUCGCCGCCCCCAAGAUGCAACAAAGAGGACCCCGCGUUCAGCUGGUCAUCCCCACAGCUGGACCCUAGCCAGAUCAGAUUGAUACUGUACCAAGACUGUGAGCGACGGGGGAGAAAUGUCCUCUUCGACUCCAGUGCCAAAAAGAGGAGCGCGGAGGAUGCCCCUGCUUCGAAGAUGUGCAGUAGCGAGGCCCAGGUAAAGAUGUAUGGGAAGUGCUGCCAGCUGAGGCCUACAGCGGGCAGCUCCAACUCUCUGGACAGCUCCUGCGCCUCCGAGCCCCGGGAACCCAGGGAACAAGGGCUGCGCUUCCAGGGGUUGCGGUGUUCAUCUGACGCCAACAUGUUGGGGGAGAUGAUGUUUGGCUCGGUGGCCAUGAGCUACAAGGGCUCCACACUCAAGAUCCACCAGAUACGGUCACCCCCUCAGCUGAUGCUGAGUAAAGUGUUUACAGCCCGAACAGGGAGCAGUGUCUAUGGCAGCCUUAACACACUGCAAGACAGCCUGGAGUUCAUGGGUCAGGACCCCAAUGCUUUGAGGCCGGAUCAGAACACUGUGACCAACGGCCUCCUGGGGAACAUAGGUUUCUCUCAGCUCUGCAGCCCGCGCCGGGCCUUCUCUGAGCAGGGCCCUCUCCGCCUCAUCAAGAGUGCCUCUUUCUUUUCAGGCCACAGUAACCCCAUGGACAUGCCGUGCAGAAGCCUGUACGACGAGAGAGACAGCGGUAUCGCCAGAUCAGCGUCUCUGAGCAGUCUGUUGAUUACUCCGUUCCCCUCCCCGGGCUCCUCCCUCACCAGCAGUCAGGCCAGUAGCUACCAGAGACGCUGGCUCCGCAGCCAGACCACCAGUCUGGAGAACGGGGUCUUCCCAAGAUGGUCUGUGGAAGAGAGCUUCAACAUGUCGGACGAGAGCGGAGGUCCCAGCCUGGGCGUGGCGAGGAAGAAGAAGAUUGCCAUCGGCGUCAUCUUCCUCCUCUCCCAGGACGAAGAGGAGAACAUCAAGUUCCAAGACUUCUUCUUCUCCCACUUCCCCCUCUUCGAGAGCCACAUGAACAAACUAAAAAGUGCCAUCGAACAGGCCAUGAAAAUGAGCCGGCGAUCAGCUGACGCCAGUCAGAGGGCUCUGGCCUACAGCCGCAUGGUGGAUGGCCUCAAUGAAUUCAGGACGACCAUCGUCAACCUUUACACCAUGCCCCGUGUGGCCGAGCCCGUUUGGCUCACCAUGAUGUCUGGAGCCCCCGAGAAGAACCAGCUCUGUGGACAGUUCAUGAGGGAGCUCGCCCUGCUCAUGGAGCAGGCCUCAAAGAACCAGUUCCUCCCUGCCCUCCUCACAGCCAUCCUCACCAACCACCUGGCCUGGGUGCCCACUGUCAUGCCCAACGGACAGCCGCCCAUCAAGAUGUUCCUGGAGAAACACUCGUCUCAGAGCGUGGAUAGGCUGGCCAAGAGCCACCCGUACAACCCACUGUGGGCCCAGCUCGGUGACUUGUAUGGGGCCAUCGGCUCCCCGGUGCGUCUGUCCAGGACGGUGGUGGUGGGUCGGAGACGGGAGCUAGUCCAGAGACUCCUCUAUGUGCUCACCUACUUCAUCCGCUGCUCGGAGCUGCUGGAGACCCACAUGCUGGACAGCGCUGAGGACGAGGCCAUCGUCAUUCCAGGCUCUCUCAUCACCACCUCGCUGCAGCGUGGGGAGGUGGAGGAGUCAGACUAUGUGCUGGUCACCGUGCACAAGCCCAGCGGAAACUACCUGAGCCAGGGUUCCGAGCCCCGAGAGGACAGCAGCUACCGCUCAGACAGCAACAACAGCCUACAGAGCAGCACCUACACAGACACAGACCCUGAGGAGGGAGACAGUAGUAACAACAGCCAGGGCUCCAAGAGAAGUGGCCUGCAGGCCCAGGCCCACUCCAGCCACAACACCAACACUAACGCUGUGCCCAUCAUCCACACGGAGGAUGUUAGUGAGCCCACGCCGCUCAAGGAGUCACCAACCGCCUGUGUGGAGGCCAAGCUGGAAACAGUGGUGCGUGUGGGCUCGGCCUUCCCCAGGGAGCAGGCCUGUGUGCUGCUGGAGACGAAGCCUGAGGCCGAGCUAGAGGUCAAGGCCAGCGAGAAGGAGGAGAUGGGGAGUCUGCCCAUCAAGGUGUUCCGCUCUUCAGGGAUACCACUGGAGAAGAAGCCCCCUGACAAGACCAUACCUGUACCUGUACCCGGCCCCUUUCUGUCAAACCACCAGGAGGAGCCUGCCACCAAAGUGCUGUUUCUCAUCGGCGACCCCCAGUCUCCAGGGUCAGACACAGAGAGCAGGAGGAGGAAGCUGGAGGAGGACAUUAAGAAGCACAAGAAAUGCAUCAAGGAGAAACAGCGGCACACAUCACCGGACCAAACCAAGACCAACGCGGGCGGAAAGAAGACUCUGAUGCGUGUCUCCAGUAAGAUGCCCCAGUGGAACCCUGUCAGCGAGGAGGGGUGCUUGGAGCUGUUCGACGAGUACUUCAGUGAUGACAACCCUGUAGAGACCAGGACUAUAGACGACGUGGUGAAAUGCCUGGACUUGUCAAGCGGCACAGACAAAACCCAGAAAGAGCUGCUGGACCCUUCGGGAGUCCAGAGUAGCAGUUGCUGUAAGGAGCAGGGGGAUCAGGGACAGAAGGGGACAGGGCAGGUGGGUGUGGGUGGGGGGGAGGCUGACGUCCAGACCAGGUGUAGGGGGGAGGCUGACGUCCAGACCAGGUGUAGGGGGGAGGCUGACGUCCAGACCAGGUGUAGGGGGGAGGCUGACGUCCAGACCAGGUGUGGGAGGGAGGCUGACGUCCAGACCAGGUGUAGGGGGGAGGCUGACGUCCAGACCAGGUGUAGGGGGGAGGCUGACGUCCAGACCAGGUGUGGGAGGGAGGCUGACGUCCAGACCAGGUGUAGGUGUGGCUCCAUAGACACAUCGAAAUCACGCUCCUGUAGAAGUUGUUCUGCUGAGCAGGACAUGGGCAUCCUGAUUUCAGUAACCGUCCCGGAAGGGGACCACAAAGGGGGCCAACAAAAGAAGGGAGCCCCGCUUAAUGACUGUGAGAUCCCCCGGAACGAGAGUUCAGACAGUGCGCUGGGGGACAGCGAGAGCGAAGACGCAGGGCAGGAUAUCCACAGGCAGAGUGAUGGCCGCACCUACUACAGAGAGGAUCAGGAGCCAGACGAGUGGCAGGAGGAGGUGGAGAUCCCCUUCCCUGGGUCAAAGUUGGUGGAGCAUUUCUCCAAACCGAGCAUUGCCAACUUUGGGAGGUCACUGUUCGGAGGGUACUGCACAACCUAUGUGCCAGACUUUGUUCUGCAGGGGAUGCCCAACGAUGACAAACUAAGGCAGGGCCUCAUGUCAGAAUUAGCCCACGCUGUACAGCAUCCAGUGUUGGAUGAGCCCAUUGCAGAGGCGGUCUGCAUUAUCGCAGACACUGAUAAGUGGACGGUGCAGGUAGCCAGCAGCCAGAGACGAGCCACGGACAACAACAAACUGGGGAAGGAGGUCCUGGUGUCCAGCCUCGUGUCCAGCCUGCUCCAGUCCACCCACCUGCUUUACAAGAUUAACCUCUCCCCCAACUUUUGCAUAAUGCACCUUGAGGACAGACUCCAGGAGAUCUACUUCAAGAGUAAAAUGCUGGCAGAGUACCUGAAGGGACAGACUAGAGUGCACGUCAAGGAGCUGGGGAUGGUCCUGGGUAUUGAGUCCAGUGACCUUCCCCUGCUGGCAGCAGUGGCAAGCACUCACUCUCCCUAUGUGGCCCAAAUACUGCUAUAAUAGAUGGAACCAAAGCCAGAGAUGGAGUGUGACUGUGGACUGGAGGAGCAGGAUACUGUGCUCCACCCUGACCCGACAUGUCGGCUUGACCCUGUCCACUGACGUCCUGCUGAUGCUCUGAGAGGGCCGGUGCAGUGCAGUCUCCUGGACAGGGUGUGCAGUCUCCUGGACAGGGUGUGCAUCCCAAAUUGCAUACUAUUCAAAAGUUGUACACUAUGUAGGGAAUAGGGUUUCAUUUGAGAUGCAGAAGGGCCUCCUAGAUGGAUCCGAGACCUUGGCUACUACUGCUGCUGCCACUGGGCAUACAGACAUACUGCCACAAGGGGACAGCAUUGUCCACGGUUCCCUCUGCUUGUAAGAGAUGAAGCUCUGCUGGCCCACUCCAGGCCAGAGAGGAAUGCUGUGGCGCAUUCUCUUAUUUUUGAAUGUUUUCCCCUUCCUCUGCAUCCAGAUGAUUUUAACCCUGUUAAAGGACAAGAAAGCCAAAUACUUUUUCUGUUGAGUAUGAAUAAUAAUCAAGACAUCAAUUCAAUCAAUGCAAUUUUUUUAACCCGUUUAUCCAGGAAGCACAGGUGAUAGAUAGGAUGAGUUUUUUUGUUACUUGUAGUAAAUAUUAUAGAGAAUAUGAUCAAAUUCACUUUGUCAAUUAUGUUUCUGUGUUCUUCAUGUAUUUGUUUACAAGUGUACUUGACCUGAAAUGUUUCCCUCAAUGAUCCAUAAUUCAUUGGAUUUCAUUUGAAAAUGAACUACACUAAUUAUAUAAACUUAGGCCUGGAGGUCAUAUCUGGGUAAUUUAUACACAUUUCAUUUGAAUUCUUAACUGCAGUUUGAAAAAUGAUACGUGUAGCUUUGACACGCUUGAUCACAGGUACAGCACUACCUCAGAUAUUUAGUGGGAAAUCGAUGCUACACGCUUUUUAUAGUUGCCCACUAGAAAAGCCUGAGAUAAUUAUUUGUAUUUUUAAUCAGUGGAAUGUUCAAAUAAAAAUGCGAACCCAAUGCUGUACUCUAUUGAAAAAGGGAUGUUAAUAAUUUCAUAUUUUAAAAUGGGGAAAACCUUUUUGUAUUUAUCUUUGGAAUACAACAAUAACUAAUUUCUAAAUAAUGAUCUACAUAUAUUUUCAAACUGAAAUAUUUUCACAAGUUUAAAACAUUUGUAUUGCUUUGCCACCAUUAUACCAUGUUUACGGCUGUAUUGCAUGCUACAAAGGGAGAGUUUGUGGAAUAUAUGUUAGCAAAUUUUUUUUUUUUACGCUGCAUUGAUUUUACAAAAGCAAGGUGCAAAACCACAAAUCUAUACCACAGAUUUGUUGUAAUUUUUUUUUUUUACAAAUAUUUUUACCAACCAUGAUAAUUGAUGUUGCAUUUGAUUUGGAAGUACUUUGUCUGGAGAGUGUGCCAUGCAAUGGAGUCUUAAUGGACAUGUGGCAUGAAUGGAUCAGGGGCUUCUGAAUAAUUUUUAUUUUGCUGGUUGAAAUGAUUUUUACAUGCAUAUCAUGUAAGAUGCUAGGCACUUCGGGAUAUGUUCUUCUUAUUGCAUUUUGUAAAGCCCCUGAUUAUUUCUCUGAGGUAUGACUUUAUAUCUACUGUUCUCUUUAUACAUGAAUAUGAAUAAAUGAUUUAGUAUGGUGUGUAACGGUUCAUGUAAAUUGUACAUAUUCAGUUUAUUUCCAUUUAUUUGUACAUAAUGUCUUUUGAAUAUGAAUUGUUUCUAAAAUGAUACUUUCCCAAUUUUAAGGGAAUGUUGUGCAAUAAAGAUGCCAAUGUUGUA